GGGCUCGCGGGGGCUGGACUUCCGGCGUCCGGGACUGUCACUUUGCUGCGGGGCGUGGGGCCACACCGGUGUUGGGGACUGGAGCGCGGCGGGUCCGGGUCGGCCUUCCAGGAGCCUUGGAGACCCGAGGCGAGGGCCGCGACGAGGGCACGAGCGGAGGGCCGCUAGGCGCACGCCGUGGUCGCGGGCGACGGUCGCGCCCCCCGAGCCUCGGUUUCUCCGGGUGUAGCCUGGGCCGCCCUGCGGGCUGUGGGGCGGUGCCCCGCGUCACGUGCUCUCCGACCCCCGGGCGGCAGGGGAGACGGCGUCCUGGGCGUCUGUGCCCUAGUCGGACGGAGAGACUGAGGCCCGGAGCCGGGACGUCCGCGUAUCCGUCGCUUUCUGCGCGUCCCCAAGUACAGGUUCUGAUGGCGACCGCGGCGCUGACGGACCCGGCGCAGGCCCCGGGGUUCACGCCAGUGGAGCGUGCACGUGUGAGAUCCCCGCUUCGGGCAGCCAAGGGAGUGAGGUGUAGAAGGAAGUUCCAAGCGGAGGGUCCCGCACGUGCAAAAGCUGGGAGGGGAGACGGAGCCUAGGUGCUUCGGGAACCGAGCUUCCGCACGUGCGGCGUGGGAGCGAGUGGCCCGAGUGGAGCACAGUCCCAAGGUGUUUGGCCUGAGCACCCAGAAGAACAGAACUGCUGAAUUUGAAGGGAAAGCAGGCUUCAGAGGCCUGAUGGCCUUCGAGGAUGUGGCCGUGUACUUCUCCCACGAGGAGUGGGAGCUCCUGGACACAGCCCAGAGGGCCUUGUACUGCCACGUGAUGCUGGAGAACUUCGCACUUGUGGCCUCGCUGGGUAAGGCCCUGGGUUUUCCACGGGAAGCUCAGCUGUUGCCAGCACUAACCCCGUAUCUCCUGUUGGCCUAUGAGCAGCCUCACACCAGCUGGCUGGUGUCCCUGUGCCGCUGUGGUGCCUCUGUGUUCAGCCUGGGCCCCUUUCAUCUGCUGCUGCCAACACGGUUCUCCUCACAGGGAUUCUCCUCACAGGGGCCAUUGCACUUUUCCUGGCUCUCUGCCUCACGACCCCGGGUAGUCGUCCAGCUUGAGCGUGGAGAGGAGCCCUGGGUUCUCGGUGGGACAGUUGCAACACCAGCCAGGACUGCUCACAGGAAGCCCAGCCCUGCGCCUCCUGGAGGCUCUGGCCUUGGCUUGCCCACCAAGGGGGAGCUCCCGUGGGACCCCAUUCCAGGCACCGGGCACAGCCUUUACCAGGACGCUCCUGGUCCUGCUUUCAUGGAGGUGACCAUGCUAGGGGAGAGGCAGCAGGGAAGCAGAGUUCGUUCCCGUCAUCUGGCAUACGACAGGGUUGUUCCAGGAGAAGCAGAACUGCCAGGGGCCUUCCAUGAUGGCUCCCCUCCAGCACCUCCGAGGGUCCUCCCCUUCGCUGGCAUCUGUGAGCGUGGGAAAAGCCUGGACGGCUGGUGGGGCACCUCCCCCUCUCAGGAGAAAAAACCCACAGGGGUGUCUGUAAUCUACUGGGAACGGCUCCUGCUAGGUCCUGGCAGUGGGGAGGCCAGUGUCAGUCUGCGGCUGACCUCCCCACUGAGGAUGGCCGAGGACAACCCACCUAGGGAGAAGGCCUUUGUGACCCGCCCCAUGCCAGGCAAGCAGCUAAGGGCAUGUGGGGGCCAGAAGCCAUAUGGGCGGGAGGCACCUGGAAGCGCUUUCCCCCAAAUUCCAGAAUUUGAGUCUGGUCUCACCUCCGGGGAAGGAGGAAAGAGUCCAGCUAGCCACAAGCCUCAUGGACUCCCUGCUGGCCAGGAGCCCCCAACCUGGGGUCAGCUGGGCAAGGCCCUCCACACAGGCCCUGGCCUCCUUCCCGGGGAGAAGCCCUUCGAAUGCAGGGCGUGCAACAAAGUGUUCGUGAAGAGCUCGGACCUGCUCAAGCACCUGCGCACGCACACCGGAGAGCGGCCGUAUGAAUGCCCGCAGUGCGGCAAGGCCUUCAGCCAGACGUCGCACCUGACGCAGCACCAGCGCAUCCACAGUGGUGAGACGCCCUACGCGUGCCCGGCCUGUGGCAAGGCCUUCCGGCAUAGCUCCUCGCUGGUGAGGCACCAGCGCAUACACACAGCCGAGAAGUCCUUCCGCUGCAGUGAGUGUGGCAAGGCCUUCAGCCACGGCUCCAACCUCAGCCAGCACCGCAAGAUCCACGCAGGCGGGCGGCCCUACGCGUGUGCCCAGUGUGGCCGCCGUUUCUGCCGCAACUCACACCUCAUUCAGCAUGAGCGCACCCACACGGGUGAGAAGCCGUAUACUUGUGCCCUUUGUGGUGCCGCCUUCAGCCAGGGUUCCUCACUCUUCAAGCACCAGCGUGUGCACACAGGCGAGAAGCCUUUCGCCUGCGCACAGUGUGGCCGCGCCUUCAGCCACAGCUCUAACCUCACGCAGCAUCAGCUGCUGCACACGGGCGAGCGGCCCUUCCGCUGCGGGGACUGCGGGAAGGCUUUUGCCAAGGGCGCGGUGUUGCUCAGCCACCGACGCAUCCACACCGGUGAGAAGCCCUUUGUAUGCGCACAUUGUGGCCGCGCCUUCCGCGAGCGCCCGGCCCUCUUCCACCACCAGAGGAUCCACACGGGAGAGAAACCUGUGCGCAGACCCCGGCGUGGGGCAGGCCUGACCCCCCAGGCCAGGCCUUCUUCGGUGGGGUCAUCAGAGGGCUCACUGGGGAGGGAAGCGGGGUCCACUCCUGCCUCAGGUCCAGCCGCAGUUUCGAAGCCUGCUGAAGCCUGAGUUCACAGCUCCAACCUUCCCCGGCUUGUCGUAAAACACCCGCGUUCCCUGCAUAUCCACGUUUUGGAGAAGACCCGUGUGUGCACUGUGGUUCCAUCUGCACAUGGUGACGAUAUUUGCCAUUUCAGCCACGGCUCACUCCAACCCUAAGUGGUCAGGCUGCAGAAGUAGCAGGGGGAUAUUCUCCCCAUUUGGAUGCUGGGACUUUGGCAGGGCAGAGACUUGGCAAUAGAGUGCCAUUUCAUGCCUAUGAUGACUGUGGGUGCUCAGGUGAGGAGGGGAACUGCUGGAAUGCUGGAGAGGCAGUCCUAGAAGUUUCCCCUGUCCAUGCACAAACUGGCCGCCAGGCCGACCCUCAGGAUAUUCUUCCAAGACCUCACUUCCUCCAAGGCCUCCUGGGAGCGGACCCAGUGGGUAGGAGGUCAUGUGGGGGUCUGGUGUUGACCUUGGGCUCUGUCUUAGCAUCCACCUCUGGGGAAAAGAACAGACGAGAGAGGGAGAGAGAUCCAGGCCUACAGAGGGAUUCUGACAGGCAGGAUCUUGCCAAGGGCCAACAUGUGCCAGUUGCCAGCCCUGUGAGGCGGCCGCUGUUACUGCUAUCCCCACUUCUCAGAUGAGGAAACGGAGGCAGAGAGAGGCGAUGUGAGUUGUACACAGCAGAGCCAGGACUCGAAUCCAGGCCACAGGCCCAGCAUCCAGACAGCUCACCAGUCUGCCCCCAGGCUCUGGCAGCUGUGCUCGGGUCUGCCAGUGUGAGAGCUGGGUGAUGCCAGGCCUGGCCGCCCGCACAUGGCAGUCCCACAGUGGGUGGGCCAAGUAGAGGUGGAGGUCCCUGGGGUGGGGAGAGGGAGACAGACAUCAAGAAUGAUGGCUCUUGAGCCGUGCUCUUUCAUUUGGUUUCUCACCCAAGCCUCAGCAUUGGCCACGUCCCGUUGUUACCAAAGGUACCGCUGCAGGAGCCUUUAUAUCCCCCCUGCCCUGACGAGAGGUGAUCAUAACAACAGGUUUGGAGGAGACCACAUGGGGCUCCUUGGUUCUCCCUGUGGCCCUCAGCAGACCAGGGCCCAUCCUGACCUCAGUCCUCACACCCAGGGAUGUUAGUGGUCUCUUUA